AUGGAUAAGCCAAAAGACAAAUUAGUACAUUUACAAAUUGAGUUCAAUGAAUUAGGUAAAACUAUCGGAAAUAACAGAUUUGAAUUCACCACCUAUUGUGGAGUCACUGUGAGAACUAGGAUUUCUAUCCUAAAACAGUGGAAUGAAGUGCCUCAACCUGAGAUUGAAGAGUUGUGGUUAAAUAUUAAGGUACUUAAAGUUUGCAAUCAACAAUGGAGGAGCUACAAGUCUAAGCUUGUCAAGUUCAUGGACAAACGCAUUGAUCCGUUGGAAAAAUACCCCUACUUAGACAAAGACAUGUGGAAUGAUUUUGUAAAGCAAAAGUCCAAGCCUGAAUUUAAGGAAAUAAGAGUGAAAGCAACAGCAAGUGUGAUGAUGAACAAGAACCCGCCCCGUUUAGGCCCACAAGGGUAUCGUGGCAUGCGACCUCGAUGGGAGAAAGAGAUGGAUUCUAGUGUAUUGACAAAAGCCCACCGGAUAUCAAGCGAACGAGCAAGGGAUUAUAUAUUUGCUCGGUUAAAACGCGAUUCCUCAGGGGCAUUGAUUGUAACACCUGAUAUGGAGCCCUUAAUGGAUAAUAUUGUACACUAA